UAAGGAAAGCCAUCAGAGAAGCCCUAAUCAAACCAAAACAAAAGAAAACGAAAAUCCCCAAUCCUGCGUUGUGUUGCGACUUGCGAGCCAUGAGAGGGGUCGUGAAAGCGUUUGCGGGGAAUCUGUUGUUCCAUGGAAGAAAGACUCAGACUCAGUGCAUUCGCUCCUACAGUCUGAUCCCAAUGGUGAUAGAGCACUCUUCCCGAGGUGAGAGGGCAUACGACAUCUUCUCGCGCCUUCUGAAGGAGCGCAUUAUCUGCAUCAACGGACCCAUCUCCGACGACACUGCCCACGUCGUCGUUGCGCAGCUCCUCUUCCUCGAAUCCGAAAAUCCUUCCAAACCCAUCAACAUGUACCUCAAUUCCCCCGGUGGCGCCGUCACCGCAGGGCUUGCUAUUUAUGAUACGAUGCAGUAUAUCCGGUCUCCAGUCAAUACAAUCUGUAUGGGUCAAGCCGCAUCCAUGGGUUCUCUCCUUUUGGCUGCAGGUGCCAAGGGGGAGAGGCGGUCUCUUCCAAAUGCAACAAUCAUGAUUCACCAGCCUUCUGGCGGUUAUAGUGGCCAGGCAAAGGAUAUUGCAAUUCACACCAAGCACAUAGUUCGGGUUUGGGAUUCUUUGAAUGAGUUGUAUGCCAAGCAUACGGGCCAGUCGGUUGAGGUUAUUCAGACAAAUAUGGACAGGGAUAACUUUAUGACUCCAAAGGAGGCCAAAGAGUUUGGGCUCAUUGAUGAGGUCAUUGAUCAGAGACCUAUGGCUUUGGUUUCUGACGCUGUUGGUAACGAAGGAAAAGAUAAAGGUUCCAAUUAGAACCAGAUGGAGGGUAAGAUUUCUUUGAGGAAUCCUUGCUGUAUUUAAAUGCUUUGUCUGUCUCUGUCACCUUAGGUAUAAGUUGCAGCUGAUAUUAUUUUAUCAACUGAACAUAAUUUUGUCAGUUUUGGUUGUUAGAUUUGACCAUUAAAUUUCAGUCUUGUGCUCAAUUCGGUUUCAUUGGCAUAUUUUUUUGACAUACAGAUUUGGAAUUUUAAGUACCUUUAUCUUGAAAUUGCUAAUUAUCCACAAUAAUAUCAGAUGAUUGUUUCGGUGAGGGUA